UUACCUCCCUUCCCAAAAGUCCAGAUUUUGUUCAUGCACCGAUCUCAUAAAAAGAGAUUGGAAAAUAAGGAAUCUAGAAUCAGAUACACCAUUCAUAGUCUGGAAGAAAUCAAGUGAAUACUCCGUAGAGCAAGUAUUUAAGUGGGUGGUGAAUUGCAUACGUCGUAAUGUGUUAAUUUGUCAUAGCCGUUAAAUCUCAAAAGGGUUGAUUGAUUUCUUUUAAAAAAAUGGACGCUGAAUCUCUGAGACAAUCGCUGGCAAAGAAUGGACAAGAACAUUUGUUACAGUUUUGGGAUAAAUUAUCUGACGCAGAAAAAAGUAGUCUACAAAAGCAGAUUUCAUCAAUAGAGGUUGAAAGUGUUUUAUCCUCAUUUCAUGAUGUUAUGAAAGAUGUUGAUCAUGCACAGAAAAAGAUUGAUGACAAACUUAAACCUGUCUCUACUGAUGUAUUUGGCAGCUUUGUUAAAUCAUCACAAGAUAAACUUAAAUCAUUUGAAGAAAAGGGGUUAACACAGAUUGGGCAGAAUAAAGUUGGCGUUUUGUUACUAGCAGGCGGACAAGGAACACGACUUGGUGUCAAUUAUCCGAAAGGAAUGGUAAAUGUCAGCUUACCCUCUGAAAAAACAUUGUUCCAGCUACAAGCUGAACGUAUUUUAAAAGUUCAACAACUUGCGAAAAAAUUGACUGGUCAGAAAUGUGUGAUACCAUGGUAUAUAAUGACUAGUGAGCAUACAAAGGGACCAACUGAAGAAUUUUUCAAAAAACAUAAUUAUUUUGGAUUAGAUAAAAAUGAUCUUACAAUAUUUGAACAGAGUCGAUUACCGUGUAUACGGUUUGAUGGUAAAAUUAUUUUAGAAGCACCAUCUAAGAUAGCUAUGGCACCAGAUGGAAAUGGUGGUUUAUACAGAGCUUUGCGUAAUCACCAAAUACUGGAGGAUAUGUCUACUAGAGGCAUAGAAUAUGUACAUGUAUAUUGUGUUGAUAACAUCCUAGUUAAAAUGGCUGAUCCUAUUUUUAUAGGGUUUUGUAUAGAUAAGGGUGCUAGAUGUGGAGCAAAGUCAGUAGUAAAAGAAUCCCCUACUGAAUCAGUAGGUGUAGUAUGUAAAGUAGAUGGUAUAUAUCAAGUUGUAGAAUACAGUGAGAUUAGUUUACAAACGGCACAACUACGAGAUUCAGAUGGCAAUUUAGUAUUUAAUGCUGGAAAUAUAUGUAAUCAUUUCUUCACAUUAGACUUUUUAAAGGAAGUGUCCAGCAUUGCACAAGAAAAAAAUCUUAAGUACCAUAUAGCCAAGAAAAAAAUCCCCUUCGUUACUGAAGAUGGCCAAACUAGCAAACCAGAGACACCAAAUGGCAUUAAAAUGGAAAAAUUUGUUUUUGAUGUUUUCCAGUUCUGUAGUGAUCGAGAUUUUGCUGUGUGGGAAGUCUUAAGAGAAGAAGAGUUUUCUCCCUUGAAGAAUUCUGAUAAAGAAAGCAAGGAUACACCAACAACCUGUCGUCAGGCUAUAUUUAAACUCCAUCAACGAUAUGUAGAAAAGGCUGGCGGAAAGUUUAUUAAUAGUGAUGGCAAAACAGAUUUAGUUGUGUGUGAAAUUUCACCUCUUGUGUCUUAUGCUGGAGAGGGUUUAAAUGAUCUGGUUGCCAAUAAAACAUUUGUUCCACCAGUAGAUAUAGAAAUGGGAGCCAAUGGUGUAUUAAUCAAAGAUGGAGCCCAAUAAGCAUCACGGUCAUUCAUUUAUCACAGUAUCUCAGUAUUCAGCUUUAUUUGUUGUCUCAUCACAUAUAUCAUCAUUUCAAGAGUUGAUUUAUUUUUGUUACGAAAAUUCAUUUGAAACACUAUGCAAACAUAAAACCAUUACUGGUAUGAAUGUAAUGUAGGAAAAUAUUAACUAUUUUGUUUAACCCGUAGAAGACAACGGAUUGCUGUCUGAAGAAAAUGACGCCAUACCAUGAUUUGAUAUUAUUAACAAUCUGCUCGGGAGCAUGCUAGUCAAUUAAUGACCUGUUGUAAAUCAAACUGGUCUCGUUUACUGUUAACUGUAGCAAUGCCAAAAAACGUUAUUUUUUGUUUUAUUUUAUACGUUGGAGCAAAAAUAAGUCCAGGCAGUGCUGGAUUAAGGCUUUGAUGGCCCUAAGGCACAUUUUGAUAGGUGGCUUGAAAAUAUUUUGGGUUCACCAAUAAAAGGAAGAAAGUUUAAUUUAGCAACAGAAAAUUUAUUACAAAAAAUUUUAGAACCAUUUUUAGUUUUUUGACAGUACUGUAAUUACUAUAAUACCAGUAGCUAGAUUACAACUUUUUUUACUUUAUUUUUUUUGUGUGGCCUGGAUUUUUGAUUGGCCCUGAGGUAUGUACCUUAUUUGCCUGAUGGUUAAUCCUGCACUGCUGUGAGGUCAGGGUUCAAAGGGGUUAAUGGUAUUCCAACAUUUAUUUUUGUAUCUUUGUUGUCAAAGCUUCCCUUUUUUCACAUUAUGCAUGUUAAUCAGAAAGAAUGAGCUUAUACUUGUAAAUAAAACAUAUUUGAGUGUUACAGAAAUAUUUGACAACCAUCUUAAAUAUUUAUUUUAUAAUUUAAAUUGUUGUGAACCUUUAUUAGAAUCAGGGCAUUAUGUGAAACAUCCGGUUGUGAAAAUAUUAUUGUCCAGAUGAGUAAUAUGUACAUGGCAACAACAGCAGAUGACCCUCUGAAACCUAAGAAUAAUACUACCACUGAUGAAUUGUUCAGAUUUACCUAACAUAAUUUUAGCUAUCUCUGAUACUUUGGUAUAGCUAAACUGAAUUUAAGAUUGUUAAAAGUAAACAAAGCUAUUUAAAAAAUAUAAAACUGAGGCAAAUACUACCACAAGCAAUGUGCACUAUCAACUUAACAUAACCAUUUCCACAAACAAUACUGAAUGCAGCUCAAGUGUAUUUAACUUUAUACUAUAAAUAAAUUAAAUUAAUAAUUAAUACUGUAUAACAUAAAAACAUACCACAUUAUAUAUAAAUUAGCUUAUUAAAACAACUAAUAAAUGGCACACCCACCUAGUCAUUAUUUCCAGCUAUUUAAAUUAUUGAGUUUGUUAAAACUUUAUUUUUAUUAAAUUUGUCAAAGUUUAUUACAUCAUUAUUCAUUGCUCAAUAUGAUUGUGCCAUGAAAAUUGUUAAUUUUAUGUUAUUGGUAUAUUAAUUAAGAGGGAGAACUGAUUGGUAAAUUACUAUUCCUGGGGUACCAGAUAAUUAAUUUGUGUACAUAUUUCGAUAUUCUUGUACUAGAAGAUCAUUUUUACGACAAGUAUUUUAAAGAUUAUAGUCUGUCAUUAUAAUCUAUAUAGAAUGUAUCUGUUGACUAUACAUACUGCUGAUGACAAAGGUACUCAUCAUCAUGUCUUUGUAAAAUAAAUUAAAUUAGUGACAAAAUUUAGUAAACAUAAGAACUACAGCAGACAUUAGACACCUAACCUCCCUAUAUCAGAAUAAGGGCUGUAGUAAAAGAGUAUGGUGAGGAAUAUAUUUAUAGCUCUAUAAUCUUAGCUUAGGUUUGCAUCUGAUGUAAUAGUUACAUACUACAGAAGAAUGCAAACUUAUAAUUAAAACACUAAUUAAAAUAAUUUAAUUUCACUAACUUGUAUCAUUACCUGUAUAGCCAUAUAAUUAUAUACUCCACUUUAAACUAUGAGAUACUGUUUAUUACCUAUAUAACUGUGUAUCAUAUAGUUUUAUUUAUUAUAAGAAUGGACACAAUGUUAAAGAUUUAUUAUAUAUUCAUUGUUUGUUUUGAUGCUUUUAUUAUUGUUUUUAACGCAAUAUUUUACUUUUACUAUUUUUAUGGGAGUUGGGAACAAGCCUUACAAUGUAACAAUUUGAUUUUACGAUCAAGAUACUAAAUAAAUGGAUUUGUUUAUAGGAACUGAAAUAAUAUUACCAAAGAAAAUAAGUAUAAAAUCCAGAUAAGUAAUCACAAAGCAUGAUUUAAAGGGGCAUUAUUACUCUUCACUGUGAAGAAGAUAAAUCUGAUACUUUUUAAAAAUAUAUUACAGAUAACCUUACAGAUAAAAUUCCUAGCAAUGAUUUACUUAGAUCACAAAUUACUAUUUUAUCUACUGAAAAAACUUCUAAAGCGAUUAUGCCUUUUAUAUAAAGCCUACUAGUAUGUUCAUUGUACCAUACUGAUGUCGUAAACUUACAACUUACCAGAGAUAAAUUAAUUAUGGUACUUUUGAAUGGUGUUAGAAACACUGUCAUUAAUAUUUAAAUUCUUAUUCUAUGAAUAAUUUGAUUUAGCAAUAUUUUGACAUUUUUGUGUCUACUAGUAUAUUGGAGGCUCAUUAUUAUGUUUGUUCUUAUGCAUUCAGUAAAUUGGAUAGACAUAUGUUUUGGACAGAUAUUCUACAGUUAAUAAACAAACUCUUAGUUCUACAAAAAUUAUGACUAACUUUUAAUUUUAUUAAGCUUGUUGGGGUGUGCAUAUUUAAGGUAUUAUAUAACAGCUAUUUAUUACAAUUUAUCAAAAAGGUCAAUAAAAGGAUGAAAAUAA